UGGGAAGAGGAGAGAUAUAUUCCAAAUAUAUUCGCAGGUGAUGGCCGCGGAAGCAGAUGGCGGAGACCACCUGGCGGCACUGCCCAAAGCGGCGAACGUGAAUAUUUGAAUGGCCAGCGUGACGGACGUGUCUCGAUAAGAACGUCCACGGCCGACCAAACGCAAUGAAUCGUCUGCUCGCCGUCGUAGACCCCUGCUGACUGGCCGCCACCACGCCCAACAGCCGGCUCCGACACCGCCAUCGCCGUCGCCGCCGCCCGCCGUCCCGCGACCGCGACCCGUCUUGCGCUGUUUGAACACCGUACAUCCCCCGCCAUGCCCAACGCCGUUCGCGCCCGCGACGACAAGGAGCGCAUCGCACGGGCCCAAGAGCAGGAGUUCAAGCGCGCAAGAGGUGCCAUAUCUUGCGCAGAAUGCCGCCGCCUCAAGCUCAAGUGCGACAAGACCGUCCCCUGCUCGUCCUGCAAGCGGAGAGGUUGCUCUUCCAUCUGUCCCAAUGGAAGCCUUACUACUGGUCAGGGUACCAGGUUUAUACUGGCGGACACCGACCGCCUACACCGAAAGAUCGCGGAGAUGAGCGACCGCAUCCGUGAACUCGAAGACGGGCUCUCACUCUGCCAGUCGUCGAUCUCGCGCGACCCGCACCCGCUGCUCUCGCACGAUCGACUCAAAAUCAAGUCCGGCCUGGAGCUGCAUUCCGCCGCGAACGCGAGGUUCGGCGACGCGCUGGGAGAGGAGGACGAUGAGGAAGCAGAAGAGAGCAAGUACAUCGACUCGUUCGGGACGCUCGCCGUGCGCGACGACGGCGCAGCGACGUUCUACGGCCGGUCCGCCGGCUCGGAGAGCCUCCUUCUGGACGAGGGGCCUACGCCUCCCACGGCGCCGAUGCGCCCGCCUAGCAAGGGUCCGAUGCUGCCCUCAUCCCUGGCACGGCUCACGAUGUCGUUCCCCGCGGCGCCGUCGGACAUCCCCGCAGAGGACCUGCAGGAGUUAAUCGAGAGCUACCUGCCGCCGUGGCCGCGGGCAGGGCAGCUGUGCGAUUUGUACCUCGAGCAGGCGCCGUGGUUUUUUGGCGCGGUGACGCGGCGGCAACUCCUAGAGGAGAUCCUCCCGCUGUUCUACGACGAGGCCGCCGAGAGCGGUGCGUUGAGCAAUACCGCGGCGGCGUUCGCGCUGGAGAGGCAGGGCGGCGGGUCGAGCGGGUCGUCGCACGACCUGGCGUUGCUAUUCGUGAUCUUCUGCUUUGGCGCGCUGACGGACGCCGACCUGCCGGCAGCACCGAACAAUCCGGAGGCGGAACGGUAUAUCCAGCUUACGAGGGCUGCGUUGAAUCUCGAGCCAGUGCUGGACCGGCCGCCCAGCGUUGUCACGGUGCAGACGUUGAGUCUAAUGGGCAUCUAUCAGGGCCUGGUUGCGGAUGAGAAUAGCAUCGAAAGCACUUGGGCACUUAUGGGUCUGAGCUCAAAGCUCGCGCAGAGUAUCGGCCUUCAUCGUGAUUGUGCGCGCUGGAAGCUAUCGCCAGCAGAAGUGCAGAAGCGACGCGCGCUGUUCUGGGAGCUGUUCAUCACAGACUGUUGGCAAGCUCUAGCCACUGGUCGUCUGCCCACGUUCGCGCUUUCCUUCGUCGACACAGAACUCCCUGCGGACCCCGACGAGACACUGGCAGACGACGGUACGCCCCAGCCAUCUUUCUCGGCGUGGAAAGCGCGCUGGGGCAAGGAAUGUUUGUCGGAAGUGGUUCAGGGCACGGGCACCCCACGUGCACCGAAAUACACAGUCAUCCUUGAACUUGAUCGUAAAUUGAGAGACAUGCCCUUGCCAAAAUAUGCCACUGGCCCGCCACCGGAAGGCAAGGGUCUCGCGGAAACCAUGAGCCACUAUAUGCCCAUCAACUACCUCCAUCUAACAAUGCUCUACGUGCAUAGAUGUUUCUUCGCACAAGCACUGAGCGACCACCCGACGGACCCGCUUCGGAGUCCGUACUCACCCUCGUUCCUCGCCGGGUAUCGGAGCGCGUGUAUCUUGCUGAGCUCACUGCGCGAACAGUUCAACCUGUUCCCGAUACAGAUAGCAAGGUUCUGGGUACUGUGGACACAUGCAUUCUCUGCUACUGUGAUGCUAGCGUCUGUCGUCACGCAUGGAGGCACGACGAAGACGGCUCAGGCUGCGCUGGGAGAGUUGCGACUUGCGUAUGACUUGUUUGAGAAUGCUGCGAAGUACGGCGGGCGUGCCGUCAAGUUCUUGCCUGUUGUCCGGCGUUUGCACGAUAAAGCAUACGCGACCUACACGCAGGGCAUCCCGCCUGCCCGUGACAUCUUCACACCCCGCGUGGACGCUAAGCAGCAUGACGAGCUUCAGAUCUUCAGUGGACGAACGCGGACUGUCGCGACAAAAUCGCAUACUCAGCGUGCACGCUCUGUCUCAAAACGUCGGCCAGGCGCCUCCAGUAGUACGCCGAGCUCGAGUUCCGGACCCAUCUCACCGGAUUCAAUGACAUCCCCUGGCUCGGGAGCGGGAUCAGGCCGCUCGUCGGAGAGUCCACAGGCAGCGUCCGUAGAGAUGUUCCCGGCCCUCGAGAGCUACGGUGGCGAGGUGCACCCGAUGCUUGUGGACGAGAUGCGUGGGUUCCAAGGAGCGCUGGACAACCAGAUUCGGGACGUGAAUGCGUACUACAUGAGUAAGCAGGAGGCAGCCCGGUUGGAGGAGCAGGCACGGUUCGGCGGUGUACAGCAAACAGGGCCCUAUCACACUCCGCCGGACUACCCAAGUCCGCCGCAGCAGCUCGACCACUCGCAGGCCUUCGCAAACUCGCAUGGGUAUGAGGGCGCCGAGUGUCACGGGGACCAACACGGGUACUCUCAAUGGUAUCCUUCGCCGCCGCAAGGGCACGGGCAGGCUGGCGAACCGUCAACAUCCCAGUAUACUGGGCGUACCUCUCACUUGGUGCCGGUUGAUCCGCAACAUGCAGCCCUUCCUCAGGCUCACUCGCAGUCGUUCCCGCCGUACCCGAUGUUCGAUACCAGCCUCCAUGCCGAUGCGCAAGGGCAUUACCAGAAUCCCCCCGUGUCCGCUGCCCCGGCGAUGCAUGGUCAGGGAUACCACGCCAACAUGCCGCCCCCACCCCCGCCACCUGCUACGCGUUCGCAACUCUGGCAAGUCCCUCCAGGACACAUCGAACAUAAGCAUCUGUACUCGCCGACGACGCCUGUCGACUACCCUCACCCAGCUCAACCUGCGCCUUCGUACGGCCAUGUGCCGACGCCCAGUCUCAGCCGGAACAGUAGCAUGACCCAGAUGCGCCAGCAUCCGCAUCCGUCGAUGCCGCCGCACCAGCAGCAGCCGGUCAUGGCUGCGCAUUAUAGUCUGCAGGAGACGUGGAAUUCGUUCAUGCAGCACCAGCUGCCGGCAGCGCCCGUCCCGCAGCCGCCCCCGCAGGGAUACGGCGGUCCAUCGUGAGGCUCCCUUGUUUCCUGCUAAUCGUGUGUUCCGUGCUUUGGACAUCUGUGUAUGAUCUCGUUGCUAUUCGUCGUGCUAUCAGAAUGUUUGCAUUUCUGCUGUGACUCGGAAUGUACUACUUAGUUGGUCAAUUUAUGUUUGUCGAUAUGCGCAUGCGCUCUCCGUGUAUUCGCAGCUUGUCAGGCCGCUGCAAUUCCCGCCACGACAGAGGGGUUGUGUACAGUGUCAAGACGAGGAACGGAC